AAUUACGUCAAGAAAGAUUGUCAAGUUGACACAUGUAUUUGUUUAUUUUUUCUUCUUUUAUUGCCUACAUUUUUAUUUCCAAUUAAAUAAAUAUAAAAAGUAAAAUUCAAUUAUAAUUUCUUGACAGUAAUAUUAAUUAGAUUUGCAAAUAUGCUAAGAAAUGUGUUAAUGUCAUCUUGGCGAACUAAUGUUCAGAUAGUUGCUGUAAGGUAUAAACAGAAAAAAGUGCCUAAAGUUGAUAAAAAACUCCAGGCCGCUGCAGAGUCACUAGCUGCUAGAGGAUUUCUGCGUCCUAAUAAACAGUGGGAACCACCUUUUGACAUUGAGGAAAUAGUACUUAAAAUUUGCACUAGUAAUGGACUCGAUGCCAAUGCAGAAUUUGAUGGCCUGGAUAAAAAGUUCUUAGUACUAAAUGCUUGUUACAAAGAAACUGGACACAGUGUUCCAAACUCUUUGCUGCACACAAUAGAAACUGUUGAUGACCUCAAAGAAUUUUAUAAAACUCCUGUUGACACAAAAACACCAUUUGAUGCCCUGGUUAAAAUGGAGUUACCAAAAAAUCUACAUAUACAAGAAAAUUAUGUUCGGUUUCAUCCUGAUAAAGAUACCCUAUUUAAUGGUGUAUCAGCUUUCCCGAAAAGGUCAACUAUAGUUUCUGGAUUAAAAACUAGAAAGAAAUAUGAAGGCUAUACAGCCAAGAAGUCUUGGCCUUGAAUGUUUUGUCAAUAGAAUAUAUGUAGUAGUAAUAAUAAAGUAAUU